UAAGUUUCAAAUCAUGAAAUGUCUUCCCUUUAUAUAAAUAAAAAAUUACAAAAUCUUUCUGUUUUAAAAAUUAUUGUAGAGCAAGUGAAAUGAUUUUUGUUAAUUCUAAACUAAGGGUGUGCCUAUUGUUUAAUUAAAAAAAACUAUUGGGCUUUAUGUGUCAUUUUCUGAUAUAGUUGAAAAUUAUUACUGCUUAACGAGGAAAGGCCAGACUUCCUUAUACAAAAAUGUAGACAAUUUAUCUUAAUUCUAAUGCAACUGAUAAGAACUUCCUCUAGAACCAGGAAACUUUGCAAGUAUUAAAUCACCUGAAAGGAGGAGGUAAAGAAGGAAGUAACUGUGACCGAAGCAGAAAAGAGGAACAGGUUCUAAACUGAAGCAGGUUUCAAACACAGCCAAGAAGAGCAAGGGGCAGAACGUGGCACCCAGCCUGGAGAAAAGGAAGAGGAAUGGAAUAAAAUCUCCCUGAUACAGUGCAAUUACUCAUUAAGCGUUGUAAUGGGAAGAGCAUCACAUUCAACAAAGUGUACUCGGUCUCUCCGCUAACUGUGUCAGGACUUCAUUAAAUAACACUCUUUCACAACUGAAAAAGAAAUGCUGUAAAGAGCUCAGGAACUCAUCUUUGAACGGCAUCAAGCUACAGAAUAAUCUCAUCGGUCUAUUCCUGUGAAUUCAUUAAGGACACCAAAUUGCUGAACUGCUAGCACCGUGCAGAAAUGCUGACAAGUCGUGGAAAUCCUUCAGUGGCUAUUUCUAUAGGAAUUUCCCUUUUUUUACUCUUGGUGGUUUGUGGAAUUGGGUGUCUCUGGCACUGGAAACACCGUGAUAGCACAGGAUUUACCUUACCAAAGUUUCUGCAAAGGAGAAGUAGCAAGAAAAAAGACUGUAAAAAAAUGUUCUUGAGUCCCCACAUUAUUAACGCGUGGCAUAAAAUCUCAGCUGAAGUCCACGACCACAGAUCUGCUGUGGGGGAAACUAACUUAAAUGACAACUAUGAAAAUGUGGAAGCAAGUUGUCCCAGAACUAAGGAGGAAACCGACAAGGAACUCUAUGAAAACACACGGCAGUGUGAUUUUGAGGAGCAUAUCUAUAGAAAUGAGACAGCCUCUGAGUAUUAUAACUUUCAGAAGCCGAUUGCUUCCAGAGAUCCUCAAGAGGAAGAUAUAUACAUUCUCCCAGAUGAGUGUUAGGUAUUUCAAAAUACUGAGUUUCAUUAUUGGAAGAUAAAUAUUGCCUGGGACUUUUAUUGUACUGAUAUCGGUAUUAAUCAAGUUCUUCUGAUGAAAUUCAAUGGUCUCUCUUCUAUCUGCAUCUGGAACGCAUUCUGUUUAUUGCUGUGGAUUAAUUCUACAUGGUUUGUCUGACCUCCUUGUCCUGCAGUAAAUCUGAUUAUUUGUGCUAACUGAUCCCGUGUUAAUUUCUCUAUUUCUCCCUUCUCCAAAUUUCUCUGAUUUGGGGUUAUUGUCACAGUCUUCUUGCCUCUAGUUUACACCCAAUCACUUGCCCAUGAUACUUGCAGAUUUAUCAUCUAGAAAUAUUUCCAAUGGCCACAUCACUCUUUGCUUAAAACUAUUUAAUGCCCCAUCAUUGCAAAUGACAUAAUACUCAUUGUUCCAAAAUUCACACUCUUCCACGGUUUGCUCCAUUUCACUUAUCCAAUGACUUUUACUACUAAUCUUUGACUUUUCUAAUUUUAUGAGAAUUCUCCAAAACCUGCCAAACUCACCCCUGUACCAUCCUCUCCCCAAAAGCCAUGCUUGCUUGCCUUCUCACUACAGCCGAACUCGGAUCGUAACUUCUCCCACCAGGCUUCUGAGUCAUUCCAAAACUGCAUGUACCUUUUCUUUUUGUGAUAUGCUGUAAGUUUUGCUGUCUGUUCAAUUCUCUAGGUAUUUAAACAUAUGAAUAUUUGCUGUGGCAUUUUAUGACUAAAAGUCAAAUGUGAAUUUUUCAAACUUUCAGCUAAAUUGAAAGAAACUGCCUCAUAUUCAUAUGUUUAGCCCCAGUGCCUAGACUGUCAUGAGAUGCACUAAAUACUUAUCCAGUUGACAAAAAUUGAGUUAUACAUUUUGCUAAGUAGUUUGAGAAAAAGGUAAUAAACGCAUUCAUUAUUCCUCUA